CACCCAUAACAAGGUUUCUGCCGGCAUUUACUUGCGUUAGCCAACAUGGACUUUCUUUGGUAUUUAUGUGCUGCUCCAGUGACAUUUUUCUUCGGGAUAUUCGUUGUACUUCCUGUUUUUGUGAUUAUCAACCCAAGACUCCAGACCAGCAUUGUAUUCCUUCAGUUUGUAAAAGCACCAUUUGUGGAUUAUUCCAAACCAAAGAAGCUGGGUAACAAAAAUCUAAAAAGUGGAAGAUGUUUCCAUUUAAAUGUGGCAAAAGAUGUGAAGAUAGGUGUAUGGCAUAUCCUACCCGAGUGUGUACCAGAGCCUGAACACGAGGAGGAUUACGUCCACACAUUAAAGGAUGAGAAACCCAUAUUUAUAUACCUUCAUGGAACUGCUGCUACCAGGGCUCACACACCUAGAAUGAACAUGUUAAAGCGUCUGUCAGCCAUGGACAACCAUGUCUUCUCCAUAGACUACAGAGGGUUUGCUGACUCCUCGGGAAUCCCCACAGAGGAGGGUGUAGUCGAAGAUGCCCUUUGUAUGUACAAAUGGGUGAAGGCACGGUGUGGUAACUCUCCAAUUAUUAUCUGGGGCCACUCCUUAGGAUCAGGAGUGGCUACGUUGUUGGUGAGACAGUUGUGUGAUACAAGUCAGAAGUUGGCUGGACUUGUGCUUGAAUCACCCUUCAACAAUCUACGAGAGGCAGCUUGUAAACACCCGCUAUCAAAGCCGUUUAGAUUCUUACCCUGGUUUGAAAGAGCCUUCCUCGAUACUGCUGCUCAAGUCAACAUAAAUUUUGAGAGUGACAAGCAUAUAACACAUGUCACAACACCAAUCAUGAUUGUACAUUCCAAAGAUGACAAUGAUGUACCCAUUGAUCUAGGAAGGAAGUCUUGA